GUGUUCGUAUGUUGGAUGGCAAGGUGAAUGAUGUCGUCGAAGCUCAAGCGUUAAGUUUAAAUCCAUCACACAUUGAUAUCUACAGUGCAUCCUGGGGUCCUGAAGAUGAUGGUUCGACUGUAGAUGGUCCUGGGCCAUUGGCUCGCCGUGCAUUUAUAUAUGGUGUAACGAGUGGUCGUCAGGGUAAAGGUUCAAUUUUCGUAUGGGCUUCCGGUAAUGGUGGACGUUAUACCGAUUCCUGUAACUGUGAUGGUUAUACCAAUUCGAUUUUCACCCUGUCCAUAUCAAGUGCUACUCAAGGAGGUUUCAAACCCUGGUAUUUGGAAGAAUGUUCAUCGACUCUGGCCACGACAUACAGUUCAGGAACUCCCGGUCACGAUAAGAGUGUUGCUACCGUUGAUAUGGAUGGCCGCCUGAGACCCGAUCACAUUUGUACCGUUGAACAUACUGGUACUUCGGCCUCAGCCCCCUUGGCUGCUGGUAUUUGCGCUUUAGCUCUGGAAGCUAAUCCCAAUUUAACUUGGCGUGAUAUGCAAUAUUUGGUGGUAUACACCUCUCGCCCUGCACCCUUGGAGAAGGAAUCUGGUUGGAUGUUGAAUGGUGUUAAACGCAAGUAUUCACAUAAAUUCGGUUACGGUCUAAUGGAUGCUGGAGCUAUGGUCUCAUUGGCUGAACAAUGGACUACCGUACCGCCGCAACAUAUUUGCAAAUCUCGAGAAAAUAAUGAAGAUCGUAAAAUCGAAGGGACCUAUGGUUACACUUUGGCCACUCAUAUGGAUGUUAAUGGUUGUGCUGGAACCAUCAAUGAAGUACGUUAUUUGGAACAUGUACAGUGCCGUAUAACUCUGCGUUUCUUCCCUCGGGGUAAUUUACGUAUUUUACUUACCUCGCCUAUGGGUACGACCAGUACUUUGUUGUUUGAGAGACCCAGAGAUAUAAUCAAAUCGAAUUUCGAUGAUUGGCCAUUCUUGAGUGUCCAUUUCUGGGGUGAAAAGGCUGAGGGUAGAUGGACGUUGCAAAUUAUCAAUGGUGGUCGCCGUCGUGUCAAUCAACCUGGCAUCCUAUCGAAAUGGCAAUUGAUUUUCUAUGGCACAGCUGUACAACCAAUGCGUUUGAAGAGUGAUCUGGUAUCUCAACCCAUCCGUGAUCCGGUAUAUACAUUUCCAACGGAAUCGGAUCUCGGACAACCCAUAAAUACCGAUCAAUUUAGUAGUUUUUUAAAUUUCCAAAAUCUUUACACCGGAGCUGGUUCUAAUCCCGAGCAAGCUGUCACCACUGUCGAUGGCCAUAAUAUACCCACACCCCAGCGACAAAAUGUUAUGGCAGAUUCGAAUAAUAAAUUGGUAUUGCAUGAUUGUGAUCCCGAAUGUGAUUCUCAGGGUUGUUAUGGCCGGGGACCGACCCAAUGUGUCGCCUGCAAACAUUAUCGUUUAGAUAACACCUGUGUCAGUCGCUGUCCUCCACGUUCGUUCCCCAACCAAGGUGGCGUCUGCUGGCCUUGCCAUGAAUCUUGUGAAACCUGUGCCGGUGCUGGCCAAGAUAGCUGCUUAACAUGUGCCCCAGCCCAUUUGCAUGUAACCGACUUGGCUGUUUGCCUGCAGGUCUGCCCUGAAGGAUAUUAUGAAAAUUAUGACAACAAAACUUGUGUUCCCUGUGAAGCUAAUUGUGGUUCAUGUCAAGAUCGUCCCGAUUAUUGUACAUCAUGUGAACAUCAUUUAGUGAUGCAUGAACACAAAUGUUUCUCCUCGUGCCCGCUGCAUACCUAUGAAACGGAGGAAUACAAGUAA